CUUGUACUUUCAAAUUGUAGCAUUCUACUCUCAAGUUGAGACUAAUAGGAAAAGGGCAAUCAUGCCAAACCCAUCAUUGGGACUGCUCAUUGUCUGCAGCUUGGCAUGGAUGCUGCAUGCCAAGAGUUUGACUGAAGGUGAUGACCUUCCUGUGGCUAAAUCGCGAUUACUGGUGUCUCACAAUAAUGGGCAUGAUGGAGGAGAGGAAGGCCAGGUCAAGAAGAUACUCUCCUUGUUCCAGGAUUUCAUAGCUGAUGAGUCACCAGAGCGUUUGAAGGAUCCGUUUCCGGGAAAAGCGGAUGCUAAACCUAAUAAGGCCCCAGCCCGUGGUGAUGGCAAAGAAACAACUGCAGCAGGUGGAGGACCUGAAACCGUGGCAACCGAUGCUCCAGCUGGUGGUGAUGGGUUGACUGCAUCCGGUGGUGGUGCCGCCUCACCUCCACCUGAAGUUUCUGGCCCGACUCCACCUGAUGGCGCUGGCCCAACUCCACCCGAUGGCGCUGGCCCAACUCCACCCAAUGGCGCUGGCCCAACUCCACCCGAUGGCGCUGGCCCAACUCCACCCGAUGGCGCUGGCCCAACUCCACCCAAUGGCGCUGGCCCACUUCCAACAGGUGGCUCAGAAGCUCCACCCAGCACUGCUGAUGGAUCAGGCGGGGAAGUAGUAGGUGAUGGAGAAUCUACAGUCAAACCAGCUGAUGAAACUCCUGCUGCUAAACCAAUCCCACCGGAAAUGGCUCAGACCAUUGCCGAUAUCCUCAACAAAUUAGACUUUGACCCAUCUGCUGACAUGACACUCGCCAAUAUGGACUUUGAGGCAGGAAGCACAGUGCCAGCAUCUGCCAUGCUUGAGCCCCCUGCCACCAUUGGUCCACUUGACCCAAAUGGCACCUUAGUGAUAAUCCUCAGCAUUGAUGCUCAUGCGGAUGGGGGCACAUUUGCCAAUUACCUCAAUUGGUUGGUGGUGAAUGUCAAGGCUGUUGAGGACCUCAAAAACACUGAUUUGACUAUUCUUCCCUGGAAGUUCAACCAGGAACUUCAAGUGGGUGAUCUCGGUGCAACGUUUGUAGCCCUAAUAAUUACUCAGCCUGGUGGAGACUUUGACAUUGUAGACCUCAAGACAAAAGUAACAGAAGACAAGAGGCUUGGUUUCACUGGCUCACUCUUAUCAGGAGACUUGUACUUUGACAACAUUGAUAAUAUCUUUCGCAAGCCAAAACCAGGGCUGAUCAUAUACACAAGUUUCUGGACAGUGUGUCCAGAAGAAGAAACUACCUGCUCACCACCAGGACUGAAUGGAUUGAUGUCUUCUAUUUCAUCCACUUCUAAUCCAAUUGAUGAGAUGUCCAGCACAAUCUACGAGAUAGAGCUGAGUGAUGAAGACAUUACAUCAGAGAAAGAAGGCGAUUCUGAGAUGCUGGUUGAAGAGCAAACUAUGGUGCCAGAGGAAUGGCAGGUCAACACUCUUGAUGCAUUUGAAGAAAUUGAGACAACAAUGAGUACAAUGAUGGAAGAAAGCAAUGAAGAGGAUGACUCCAACAGUGAAGAAGAUGAGGAUGUUACUACUGAGAGCCCUACCUGUGAUAAUUGUGAAUGUUGUAAGAAGCGGUGGAUGCCUGCAAAAGCCACUUGUGCUCCUGAUCCAACACCCAACAAAUGCCCCUGUAAUCCAUCUUAACUUAUUGUCCCAGCUAUUAUUUCUUCAUAGCACACCACUAACAGUGAAGCCACGUGAAGAAUCAUGUACAAUAUAAUCUGAUGGUUACAACAAACUCACAGGGACUUCAAAAAAAUCAUUGUGAUGAAAAUUUGUUUUAUCAAAGUUUAUGAAUUCAUUUACAAAGAUACACUUUAUUGUCUCUAUAAGCAUUUCAUUGCCUAAAGAACUGCAGUUGUUUUUUCUCUCUGCAAUAUCUGUAGAAAUAAAUGUAUGCUAUGAAAUGGUUAAAUUUGACAAAGAAUUUAAAGAUUAUAAAAUAACUCAAGAUAGAAGAGCAUUGAAAGAAAAGCACAUUUUUAUAGAUUUUUGAUAGCUAGCUUUGCACCGUGCCUCUAGGCUCCUGAGAAAUUGGAUAUUAGAUUAAUCACAAUACAUUUAUUUUAUGGACUUCCUGCCAUUUAGCUAAUGUAACCAAUUUUUUAGCUUCCUGUAUUUUAGGUGUGUAAUUCUGCUCCAUACCCAAAUCCUGUGCACUAUAUCUAGGGAUGAUGAGCCGUAUGAAAAUUAUCCCAUAAAAGUCAGGGACCAAAAAUUUGUAAAUGGGGACAAAAAUCUAAAAAUUGGAUUAAAAGUUUUGCAGAUUGGGGACAAAAAUUCAUUAUAACCGCAGAGAGGUUGUUGAAAAUAAAUUUGUAGAAAUGAGAUUAAUUUAUGCUGGGUCUCAAGGAAAACUGCUGGGACUUUGAAAAAAAUUGGUUGUAAGCCAAAAUGUGUUAUAUAUAGAGAUUGUGUUAUGAGAUUCUACUGUAUUUAAUCUUUUGGUGGUUUGUCAGAUUUUAUUCCUUCAAACAGAGUAUAUGCAGGGAAGCUGUACAAGCCACUUCAUCUUUGGUUCCCUCUCAAAUUUUGUUUGACACUUCAUUUUGGAAUUGAAAUAAACUAUACGUCCUUCCCAUUCAUAGCAUAUCAGUCUAAUUUCCACAGCUUCUCUUCUACACAUGGAGAGAAAUUUCAAGAAUGUAAGUCAGAAGGAAAUUGGGUUUGCACUCUGAUGGCCCAUAUUGUUAAAGUAAUCUUUAUAUAUAGCCACUGCUGGGCUCUACCCUGCAAUGCUCCCCCAAUUCACUUCCUGUAUAUACAGCAUCACUCAUUUUUUCAUUGACAUUAACUUGGGUAUGAGAUACAUUUCUUUAUGCAGAAAGUGAAAUCAAAUACAACUAAUACUCCAACCCCUUGUGAUAUUUUAAAAAUUUGGAUGUGCCUAAUAAUAUGAUGAAAGCUUUUGUAUUGGUCUUUUUCAAAAAUUGAUGGUUUUAAAGUCUUAAAAUUUGCAUUAGCUACCUGCCUGAAUCUUUUUUAUUGCUUGAAGAGUGAGUGAGGUUCAACAACUGAUGGGAUCUAAUAAGUGCUGUUGGAUAAGGGUAUUCAUUCAUCAAUAAUGAAGCAUACAUUUUUCUCUGGAAUUUGAUUUGUACUGAUAACUUCCGCAUGAUUUGUCUCAUGCUUAUACAAGCUGUAACUUAUGUGUCUUUGACACCUGAUUGAGAAAUUGGGUAGUGGUCAGCUGCCUGUUCAUGCACACCAGUUGGCAAAUGCAGGUCACUCCAGCCAGGGCAGUCCAUGGCCUCCCCAGCCCACCAAACUACAGUUUGGUCACCCCUUGUCAAUGCACCCAGAGGCCAUUGACAGUCCCCAGUCAGUUGAAUCUUGGCUCUGAAAUCCUGACCUUCCAGGCUGUGGGAGACAGGUGUUGCUACUUGCUAGCCUUGUAAACUAACAAAAUCCACGCUGGAAUUCCAGUGGGGAAUUCCAACUUGGCAUUCUCGACCUUCCUCCAUUAUAUUCCGACCUAAUUUUUACACAGUCUCAGUUUGCUUUGCGCUCAGUGAA